AUGGGAGAUUACGGCGCCGAUGCCGCCACCACUCGUGAACAGCGCAACGCGUUGCGCAGGGUCGCUGAGGAAGAGUCGACAUUGCGCUACCGGUUGCGCAACCAGAACUUCUGCCUCGUGGUCCUCCUGUUCGUAGGUGUGCUCACGGUGGCUUGCGCCUGCGGAGCCAUCGUCUACGCCGUGGUCGAGCACUUCUGGACGCCUCUCAAGGACGUCGACGAGACGCCCGGCUCAGGCGCCCCGUCGGCCGGAGGCAGCAGCUUGGUGCUCGGGUCCCACGCCGCCGAAGUCGACAUGCAGCGGCUGCCGGGCGCCGAGCAACCGAGCCGCGGCGCCAUCUUCUGCUUCGUCAACCACAGCGUCUCGUCGGGGUCUCCGCACCGGUUCGACGUGGACAACGUGACAGCUGCCCUCUGCGACGCGCUCGUCUUCGUCUCCAUCAACCUGGUGCCUCAGGCGAGCGGGCUUAGCUUCAGGCGGCCGACUCGCGAUGCCGAAGUGCUCCAGGGCCUGGUCUCCCUCGCAGGCACAUCUGCAGCGUGGGCUUGCGUUGGCGGCGAGCCCUCGGACAGCGCCGACUUCCAGUGGUUGGUGAGCGACCGCAAGAUGAGGCUCGCCUUCUUCCACAACGCCGUGGCCUGGUCGCGCCGCAUGGGCGUCGCCGGCCUGCUGCUCUACUGGAAGUACCCUCCCCGCCAGAGCCGCUCCAGCUACAACACCUUCAUCAACACCAUGCGCGCCGUGUUCGAGAGGGACUCACUGCGCCUGAGCGUGGUUCUGCCGUGGGCCAUGACCGCGCGGCGGGACGGCUACGCCGUCCGUUCGCUGUACAGCCACCUGGAGUUCGUCGUGGUCGACACGCACCGGACGGUGGACCCGCGCUCGUUCCCGGUGACCACGUGCCAGACUCCCAUGCGCGCGGCUUUUAGGGCGCAGAACCACGGACAGGUCGGCCUGUCCUCGGUGCUCGACGACCUCUCGAUGGACGCCGAGCACUUCCUCGUCAAGACGGUGAUGAGCGUCUCGCUCUCAGCCGUCACCUUCACCCUCAGAAGGCCCUGGGUCAGGCGCUUGGCACCCGGAAUGAGCGCAGCGGGUCCCGGCCGCCCUUUUGGCCGCACCAACCAGUCGGGCCUGGCCAGCUACUACGAUGUGGCGAAGGCCCUCUCGGGCAAUGCGUCCUGGAGGCGGGAAACGCACGCGUUCUCGCGCUGCUCGCUGGCUCGCCUGGGAGACCAGUGGAUCGGCGUCGAGGAUCAGGGCAGCCUGCACGCCAAGAAGUCCAUGGUCCGCAGGACGGCGGGUCUGGCCGUCUGGGACCUCCCGAUGGACGACUUCGCCGGCGAGCUGGGCCCCUCAUGGCCUCUCCUCCGCGCGGCCCACGACCUGGUGCACGGCUGA